GCAUGCUUGCGGCAUCCGAAUUAUUGUUACCUAAACAGUGAAGAAAAUUGCAUUUUUCCCGGCUCGGUUCCGCUAUUGGAAACAAGCAAAAUGUUCACCCUCAGUAACGUGAUGCUGACGCGGCUAGGGAUGCCUUCCGUGCUGCUGGGAAACGCGCGGCUGCUGCAAACUUCCGUCGUCGAUUUGGCCGCCCGAAAGGGCACCCGUGAGAAGGCACGCAAGGCCAAAGUCAAGAAAGUGGUGGAAAAAGUCGGAUUCAUUCGGCACGACAUGAGAAACAAGGGGAAGCUCAAUCUGAAUCAAACCAACAAGCACAUUGACGACAGCUGGAAGCAGGAUCCCACCGAUAACUGCUGGGUCAGUAAGUACUACAAAUGGAGGGUGUACACGGUGGAGGAGGCAAUCCAGUGCCACCGGGAAACCCAUCACCCGACUAUGAUCAAUCUACCAAAUGCGCCUCUGCACGCUCACGUUGAGCUCAACAUGCAGGGGGAGAAAAUCACACGCUUUGUCGAGAACUUCCAACGGAUGGUUGCAAUUCCGCACAAGUUCGAGCAUGGUGAAAACCGAAACAUUAUCGUCUUUGCCAAGGGUCAGCAGAAUCUGAAGGAAGCGACCGAUGCAGGAGCUACCCUUGUUGGAGGUGUUGAGUUGAUCAAGGAAAUCCAGAACGGUGAUCUCCAGAUAGCCGAGUAUCCCUUCGUUCUCGCUCACCCAAACAUCCUCCCGGAUUUGGUUGUGAUCCGAGGACUACUCAAGAAGAACAAGUUCCCCAACCCGCGACACGGAACGUUGGGAGACGAGCUGGCAGAAAUGGUCAAAAAGUACUUGCAUGGAAUUCAGUACUCGGCUGAGAAGGAUGAAAAUCAAAAGGAUUUCGGUCAGAUCGUUGCCUGCGUUGGUUCGCUGCAGAUGGAUCCGAAAAAACUGGAAGAGAACUUGGCUACAUUGCUGAAGGAUGUGAACGCGAUGAGACCCAAGCGGGAGGGACAAUUCAUUACCAGGGUACUGCUGAAAAGUCCUCCGUCGGGAGAAGCGCUCAAGAUUGAUCCGUUCCUGUAUGUACCGGCGGAGGGCAAAGCUGCUGCCAAGAAGGGCAGUAAAGCCGCUGAGGAAGAAGCAGCCGAAGAAUCCGAUGGAGAAGACGAAAAACAACCGGCCGCUGCCAGUAAUUGAUAAGGUUAGUAUGAAAUGUUAGCAGGGAAAAUAUACGAAAAAUAUUGAUGAAAAC